AUGUCUCCAUUCCUCAUCGAUGGCUCCAAUGUCGAAUGUGCAGAUACGACCAGCCUAGACACUGUGAUCGGGCGACUCUUCUCGCAGAAUGUAUACGUGCGAGAGAUCUACCCUCUCGAGGGCCAUCUCCAUUCAAUGUGUCUCUUAAUCCUAUCCAACAAAGAACAACUACUCCUCAAAAGCACGCCACGAGCGAUGACACCCCUCCUCCGACAGGAGAAGCGUCUCCUCGACACCGAAGCCCGAGCCAUGUCCAUCCUAAAGCAGAGCACCGCCCCAUGUAUCCCGUCACUUCUCCAUUACGACCGUCGAGGCGACCUGUUCGGCUCGUCCUUCAUUAUACGACCUUUUCUCUCCGGGACGACAGCACAGGAACUGAAGGUCCAGAUCAGCGAGACAACGCAAAAGGACAUCGACCGGUCACUGGGGUCAUUAGCCCACGACAUCUCGCAGAACGUCUCCUCCUCCUUCGGAUCCCUCGAGCAAGUGGCCACGGGGUCCGGGAAACGCUCGUGGCGAGAGGCUUUCCUGACCCUAUUCGAGGGCAUCCUACGUGACUCGGAGGACUUCUUCGUGAACCUCCCCUACGCCGAGAUCCGGCACCAGCUGUACCGAUUAUCCCCCGCGCUCGAGGAAGUGCGACAGGCGCGCCUCGUCGUGGUGGACCUGGGUCGACCGUCUCAGGUAAUUCUAGACCCGGAAUCGAAACGCUUAGUUGGAGUCGUGGACCUGAGCAGUGCGCUAUGGGGCGACGUCUACAUGGCGGAGAUCUUUGACAACCCGUCAUCGUCCGUACUCGAUGGCUUUGGAAUCCACCCGACGAAAAGCAAACCGGUUUCGAUUCGACAUUUACUGUGCGGGACCCCAGCCUGA